AUGUACGAACUAUAUAUGUAUCAGUUCUUUUCAUAUCUAUCUAUCUAUCUAUCUAUCUAUCUAUCUAUCUAUCUAUCUAUCUAUCUAUCACAGUCUGUUCAUUAUCUAUCUAUCGAUCUAUCUUCUUGCUUUCAUUUUUCCUUUCUUUCUUUUGAUCCAGUCUUCUUCAUUUUAAGCUUUAACUUUCCUUCCUUGAUUCUUUCAUUCCCCCUUUCUUUUUUUAUUCUUUCUGUUUGUUUCUUUUUUCAUCAUUUCUUGUUUUAUUCUUUCUUCAUUUUAAGCAUUAAUUCUCUUUCCUUGCUUUUUUAUUCCUUCCUUUCAUGUUUUAUUCUUCGUUCUUUAACUUCCCUUCCUUGUUUCCUUCAUUCAUUGUUUGUUUCUUUCUUUUUUCUUUCUUUCUUUCUUUCUUUCUUUCUUUUUCUUUCUUUCUUUCUUUCUUUAAACAAUUCCAACCUUUCUAUACAGACUCUGUUCCUUUUCUUUUCUACUUUAAUUCCUGCCUUUCUUUCUUUCUUUUUUUUUAAAUCUUUCUUGUUUUAUUCUUUCUUUUUUUUAACCUUCAAUUUUUGUUUCUUGCUUCUUUCCUUUUUUUUCUUUCUUGUUUUUUUCUUCCUUUUUUCGUUUAUUUCUUUCUCUUUAAUUACAUUACAACAAGGCGUAUUGUUUUUCCUAAUUUACUUUGAUUCUGCCUUAAACUGUUCAUAUCUAUCUAUCUAUCUAUCUAUCUAUCUAUCUAUCUAUCUAUCUAUUAGUUUAUUCUAUCUAUAUAUCCAUUCAUAUCUAAGUUUAUUCUCUCUUUCUGUCUAUAUCUGUCUAUCUAUCUAUCUAUCUCUGUUCAUAUCUAUCUAUGACUUUAUUCUAACUAUGUAUCUAUUCAUAUCUAAGUUUAUUCUAUCUAUCUAUCUAUCUAUCUAUCUAUCUAUCUAUCUAUCUAUGUUCAUAUCUAAGUUUAAUCUAUCUAUGUUCAUAUCUAAGUUUAAUCUAUCUAUAUUCAAUCUAAGAUUAAAUCUAUCUAUCUAUCUUAUUCUAUCUAUCUAUCGCAUUCAUCAUUCAUUCAUCUAUUCAUCUAUCUUUAUUCAAUUUAGUUUAUUAUAUCUAUAUUUCUGUUCAUAUUCAUCAUAUCAUAUCUAUCUAUCUAUCUAUCUAUCUAAGAUUUAUUCUAUCUAUCUAUCUAUCUAUCUAUCUAUCUAUCUAUCUAUCUAUCUAAGAGUUUAUUAUAUCUAUAUAUCUGUUCAUAUCUAUCUAUCUAUCUAUCUAUCUAUCUAUCUAUCUAUCUAUCUAUCUAUGUUUCACAGCUUGUAA